CGAAUGCGACGUGCGUAAUGUAAGUUUAGAGCUAUUUCAGUCCUUUUUAUGUUGAUUGCGAAGCGAAUGUGUCUCAAAAGGGGAGAAAUCAAGCUUGCGUUUGUUACAGACGUCGUCCUAGGAUUAUUAUAUAAUUUCGUUCGCUAUCAGUGCAAUCUGUGUCGUGAAUUAUGAGUGUGGGAGACACGCUAGCCUAGUGGCUAGCACGCUGGUCUCUGGAUGUUGGGAAAGAAACUGUACUCUUACAGUGCCUCCUAUCUCUCUCCAGGGUGUAUAAACAAGUUGCGGAGAUCUCGUAUAUAGGGAAACCUAACAAUACGGGGGACUAACCUACAAUCCCAUCCACGAAGGGAGUAUGCUACUCACGUUGCUGCGAAAACUGAGUUGUAAACCGGCAGUGUGGGCUUUGUUGCCAAGAACGACUUUAUCUUCCUUUAACUGUAAAUUAUGGACUGCAAUGAAAGAUAGGCCUUCAAUUCCCGUCAUUUUGAAUUCGUUCUCGGCUUUUGUUCAUUUCAGGUUAAGAGUGGAAAGGAGCUCAAAGCUUUUCUGUUCAAUGAUUUCCUUAUGUUAACGCGACCGCGAAGCUCCAUUACCGGAAAUCUGUCCAAGAAGAUUGGAUUUAAUGAACAGGAAGUCAUCUAUGACAUCUACAGAAAGCCUAUCAUCCUCAAUGAAAUCUUUGUCAAGAGAAAUCAAGAUGGCAAUAAUGACGAAUACGUCUUCCAUUUAUCGCACAUCGAUCAGAUUUACUCCUUUCGAGCAGAAUCGAAAUCUGAAAGAAAUCGAUGGAUGGAGUAUAUGGAGCAAGCAUCGCAGAAAUACAUUGAAACAGAGCGUGAAUUAAGACAGAAGGCUCACAGAGCAAAAUCUUUCCGAACCACUGGAAUUGGCAAACUCAAAGUCACCUUGAUCGAGGGUGUGGACUUAAUAGCUUCUGAUCCGAAUGGCCUCAGUGAUCCCUAUUGUGAAGUGAGCAUGGGCAGCCAAGAACACCGCACGAAAGUUGUACCGCAGACGCUUAAUCCCAAGUGGAACUUUCCGAUGAAUUUCAUAGUUAAAAACCUGGAACAAGAUGUACUCUGUAUAACUGUAUUCGAUCGAGACCUGUUCUCACCAAAUGACUUUCUAGGUCGCACAGAAGUAAGCUUGGCCAAACUUCUAUCAAAAGGCAAAGGUCCCUGGCAUGAGAGACUGUUACUGUACGAGGUGGAAUCUGGAGAAGUAGUGGUUAGGAUAGAACUACAAUUAGAUGGAACAUAACUGUAUAGUGUAGUCAACUUCACGAGGAAGCUGAUAUGAACUCUAAGCCGGUGGCUUGAGCCGGCUUCCAAUGUAAGCACAUGGCACCACGUGGCGCCUUGUGACGCCACACCCAGUUGUACAUAGUCUUCUGUCGGCUAGUGGUAUUUAUGUAGGCAUCCUGUGCAUGGUAACUACUUUAUUGGAUUCGAGAUCGAGCGGAGCAAGGAAGAAUAACAAAACAACUUGAGUCUGUGCUCGUUAUGAUUCUCAUCAUCCGUAUAGUCGUUUUUGUAGAUUUUAUGGCUUUUUCCUCGAAGUCGUAAAGAGUGCCGGCCGAUCGUUCGAUCGAUCACAAAUGCGCCGGCAGCUUGCCUUGAAUACUCUCAUUGUCUUGAAUGCAGAGCCUACAUUGCCCUGUAUGACUGUUUCCAGUCUCCGGAGGUGAUAAACAUAUGUCCUUUCCCCAGGAAAUAAUUACAAGAGCAACCUAUGAAGGUCAUGAGAACAAAGCAAAAUUUGUUAUUCUUAAGCAACAGAUCGUGAUCUUAACAUUUCGAACUAGCGUUAUGAUAAUUGUAUGGACACACAGGGAAAGAACAAGUGAAAGGAAGACAAUAUAUUUUUUGGUCGUUUGUUAUUGCGUUUCAGGGGAGGUGCGCUUUUUCCGAGGACUGUUUCACUAUUAGCAUUCCAAUUAUAAAGUUAAAAAUUUUUCAUAUUCUUUUAAGAGCAUUUGAGAUUCCUCGUUUUGGAAAGAAGUGGGUGGUUCCUACAUUGCGUUCUACGCAUUUAAAGGGUAGGGCCCAUUGUUCAGCAAAACAUUGAGUUAAUCCAAGAUAGGGACAACUUCGUAGGCUACUUUAACAUCUGUAGACUGCAACAUCCUAGUCUUGAAAACCGCUGUUAAAAAGAUAAGUAAAUUCUAUAUCAAUCCUAUGUUAGCAUAAGUUGGCUUUUAA